GCCCUCUAGGGGCUGCGCGGGGCCGGGGUGGCGGCGGCGGCUCCGGGAGCCGCGGGAGGAGAAGGGAGGCGUCCGUGCAGACCGCCGGCGCACGCGGGAAGAGACAUGGACGGCGACCGCACCGAGAGCGACUGGCAGGGGCUGGUGAGCGAGUACCUGGUGUGUAAGCGGAAGCUGGAGAGCAAGAAGGAGGCCCUGCUGAUCCUCUCCAAGGAGCUGGACACGUGCCAGCAGGAGAGGGACCAGUACAAACUCAUGGCUAAUCAGCUGCGAGAGAGACACCAGUCCCUGAAGAAGAAGUAUCGAGAGCUGAUUGAUGGAGACCCAUCACUUCCCCCUGAAAAGAGGAAGCAGGCUAAUCUGGCACAGCUGCUGAGAGAAUCUCAGGACAGGAAUAAACAUCUGGGAGAAGAAAUUAAAGAACUCCGGCAGAGGCUGGGCGAGGUCCAGGGUGACAAUAAGCUGCUGAGGAUGACAAUUGCUAAACAAAGGCUCGGAGAUGAAGAAAUUGGCAUGAGACAUUUUGCAGCCCAUGAGCGGGAGGACUUGGUUGAGCAGCUGGAGCGAGCAAAGGAACAGAUAGAGUCAUUAGAGCAUGACCUGCAGGCUUCAAUGGAUGAACUCCAGGAUGUUAAGGAAGAGCGGGCUUCCUACCAGGAUAAAGUGGACAGGCUGAACCAGGAGCUCAACCACAUCCUGGGUGGUCAUGAGAACCGUAUCAUCGAUGUGGAUGCUCUGUGCAUGGAGAACAGGUAUCUCCAAGAGAGACUAAAACAACUCCAUGAGGAAGUCAGUCUUCUGAAAUCGAACAUUGCCAAGUACAAGAAUGCUCUUGAGAGACGGAAAAACUCUAAGAGUCAAGGCAAGUCCAGCAGUAGUGCUCUGACUGGAGUCCUGUCUGCAAAGCAAGUUCAGGAUCUGCUCUCUGAAGAUCAUGGGUGCAGCCUCCCAGCGACUCCACAGUCCAUUGCUGACCUAAAGUCGCUGGCCACGGCCUUGCUGGAAACGAUCCAUGAGAAAAACAUGCUCAUUCAGCAUCAGAGACAAUCCAACAGAAUCCUAGGGAACCGAGUGGCAGAGCUGGAGAAGAAGCUCAGAACUCUGGAAGUUUCUGGUUUGUGGAGCCUUCCAGGCUUGAGCUACAAUGUUUCAGUUGGAUUUGGGAGGGGCAAGGAUACCAUACUGUUCAGUGACCAGACUCUCCCCACCAUACAGAGGUCAAAAUCCCCACUGUUGAAGUUUGUGGAACAACCCACUGAGAACAAGGAGAGUGCCCGGGAUGGGGAGACUCAGAAGCAGGAGCGAGGUGAAAGCUGUGCCUCUGCUGAAACGUUGGCAGUGCCUGAGGACGCUGGGAAGCCUGCUGCCAGCUCCCCGGCCCAGCUGAGCAACAUGAACCAGAGCUCGCACUUCCAUCGUUCUCCACUACCCCAGCUACCUUCAGAAGACGUCAACACGGUGGGAAGGGAGAUCACUCAACUGACUGAUGGGCAGGAGGCUGCAGACCUGGAGGAGGUCACAAGGGAGGCUCCCACGGAGGAACAGAGGUGUGAGCCGGGCCUGUCCCCAUCUAGCCCUGCCUCCCAGGAAGAGUGUUCCACAACCCCCCAGGACCGCUCACCUUCUUUACAGCCAGAGGCCAAUGUGUCCAGUGUGGAAGAUGACAGAGGGAUCUCGGAGAGUGCAGACAGGAGAAGAGGCAUUGUGCAAACAUGAGAGGGGGGAGAGACUGACAGGGUGACACCUUGAAGACACCAGGGACAGCGAGGAAAGGCUGAAGCCUCGGAACAGUCAUCCAAGCCCCUUUCUGCUCAAACACCUCCCUGUCUGCAAACGAGAAACUGCUCUGAUCCUGCUAUGAGCUGGGAGCACCCAAUGGUGCCAGCUCUGUCUGAUUUAUUAAAGCUGGUCUGUGAGCUC